CCAUUGUCUCAGGUGGGACCGUAUUCUAGCAAAGAAAAGGAAUAAAAUUCAUUUCCCGUUCUUAACUGACGAUGCCUGCUGAAGCUGGUAAACCAUAAAUAGCAUUGCAGAGACGGUUUAGCAUCCCCCCAAAGGCUCUGAAUUCAGAGUGUGCUGCGGUUGCACUAUUUCCAAAUUUGGGAGGAAACAUGACUCUCCUGGAGGGUUCAUUACUUUUAGGAGCUUGUCGAAAACAGACCCUCUUCCCAUCUUUACUUUAUACUGGUGGAUAUUGUGAAAUGCAGGUUCUGUCAACAUGACUUAGGCUUCUUAUCGAAGUUAUCAAUGCAAGCCUACUGGAUUUUUUGUAAUGUACACUGAUGAACCUGGCCCUUCAGUCAGUCAGAAUAAUGCAAAAAGCUGUAUACAAGCACUUCUAAGAAAUCGGGAGCAGAAUCUCAUUUCAAGCCGAUCACCACCAAAUAAUUUCAAACAAGAAUCUUCAUAUUUUAAUAAUAAUCUUGAUGUGCCAUUGGAAUUAACAGAUUUGGAGAUUGUUUCAUCUAAGGAUUGUGAACAGCCUACUAGUUAUUAUAAUACUGAAGAUAAUUGUCUUGAACCUCUUGACAAUCAAAACGAUUUCAACUACUCUCAGAAGCUGUUUCACAUAGCUGACGGAAAUCUAUAUAGUAUAUUUUCUCCAAUACAAGGAAGGAGUUACGGAAUGAAGCCAUCAUUUUUAAGGAAACAGAAGUACACAGUCCAAGAGUGCCACACUCGAGGGCGUAAGAAUUUACGUAAAGGAUUGAAAUUCCACAAUUUUCUUCCAUCAGAAAGUGUGACUUCUGAAAAAGACAAUGGCUACCUCAGAACAAAAUGGAAAGUUCAUUCAGAAUGUAGAUUGAAAGAAGAACAUGGAACAAAACAAAUUACUAUUUCUAACUGGUCUCAAAGUGUUCAAAAUUCUUCAAGUGAUUCUCCAGUUGUUACUAGCAAACAGUCUACAGUAAAAUCUGAUUCCACUGUACGAUUAAGGACAGACAAUGCAGCAAAGCAAAAUACUAUGUCAAAUUUUCUCAAAAAUCAUCAAUCAAAUAGUAGUACAACUUCUAACGAUAAUAUUGAUCCUUAUGACUUUAGUUUAAGUCUGCAAUGUAACUCAUUUCCAAAUACUGCCACCUUUACAAAAGAUUUAAAUGAAUCUAUGAAUGUUGGUAAAAUUCAAAAUGGAAUAAGAUCUGCUACUUCUAAGAAAGAUUCUCUGAAUUCUGUAUUAAGUUCUUUACUUGACAGACCUGAAGUUUCUGAAAACCAAAACAACACUUGUGAUAGAACUGAAGGUUCUGCUAAAUCUCCUUGUCCAAAUCAGAAGCAUCGAAGAAAACCUCUACAAACAAGGAGGGUUGUGCCUUAUGUACAGUACUUAUCCAUAAUGGAAGAAAAUGAAGGAGUGCCUUUAGAUCUUUCUGCAAAAUGUGUACCUGAAAGUUCUGACAUGCAAUUUGAAAAUGAUGAAGUUAAACAUUCUUCUGAGGAAAAUAUGGAGAAUUAUUUAAACUCAUUGACAAAUGGCACAUCAUUUUUACAAACCCAUAAUGAUAUUAUCUCAGGAACUAGCACAAAUUCUAAUUAUUCUCCAAAUGAUAACAUCUUUCAGAACUCUUCUACUCUUGGUAGUCUGCUUCAAAAUCAAACACCAUUAAUGUUUCUGUCACCUUCCAUAAAUAAUGUGAAUAUCAGACAACCUUUUCCUAACCCAGUUGGAAAGGUAUCGCAAGAAAUGACCAAUAUUAAUGGCAAGUUAAGUUUGGCAUUGAAUGCCAAGCAAAUUAGAAUCAAAAAUUCAUAUCCUUCUCUAAAUAUGAAUGCUGGUCAUUCUUCAGCCAGCAACAUGCCAUUUUCUGUUCAUAAAUCUCUCAUAAAAGAAUCUCAGUCUAGAACACGUAGACGUAACCAGAGAUCUGUCAUUAAGCAAAAGCUUGAAGAUACUUUCAAGCAGAAUGGCUUUUUAGUGAAAACAAAGCAAGUAAGUGAUGGAGAAGCUACUUUCUGUAAAUUUAGGCAACUUCGUAAAUAUACUCGCUAUUACUUAAAGAGUUGGCAACAUCAUUUACCUGAUGAAGUAAACAAGAUGUGGAAAGGAUUUCUCCCACCUAAAACUGUUCUGCCACCUGCUGCGGGUAAUACAGAACAUACUGAAGGAGCACCAUGAAAAUAUACAUAUUUAUAGCAUUGAAGUAUUUUUGUAUUUCUAAGUACUUGACUAAAUAAGUUAUUUAAAUCAGGAUUUCUUGAACUUUUUGUCAGUAAAAUGUCCCAAAUUGGAAAAUUAAGUCUCAUAUAAUUAUUAUAAUUGAUGAAAUCUACUUUAAUGUGGUCAUUAAAAUGAUAACCCAAUCUAUCAAGUGAAAUAUUUGUAUUAGGAACCCUUUGAUGACAUUUCACUAUAGUGUUUGUCUUUGCCAAUUUCAAAAGGCAAAACAAAUGCUAUCUCAAAAGAAUAAUAGAUUUCAAUUCUACAUUUUUUUUUUAAGUCAAGAUGUUUUUAAAAACAUUUUUUUGCUUACAUAUGUUGAAAUUUGUAACAGAUGAAAAUUGCAAACCUAGUAUUAUAUGAUCCAAUAAGGAUCAUAACCUGCUGUUUAAGAAGUCUUGAUUAAAGGCAGUAUUAGAAAAUUACCUCUUCAGUUUUAAAUUUUAUUGCCUUUGAAGUGAAAAGUUGAUGUUAAAAUUUUGACAUCAACUUUAUAUACAAUAUUUAAACUUUGAAAUAUAUAAAAACAUUUUAAAAUUGAUUAUUUUAUGACAACAUAAAAGUUCUAUUUUAAAAGUUUGAGCAAAAUUUAAGCAUUUAUUAUUUUUUUAAAUAAUUCAAAAACAGUGUAUGUUAAAUUAUUUAUUAGUUCAUGGAAUAAGGCUUCCAAAUGUAUCAUAUUUUCAAUAUUGCCUAAAACAUUUUCCUGGACCAUUGGGAAAAUUUUUCUGGUCUCUACCAAUUCAUUUAUUGGCUAAAUAUUAAAGAAAGCAAUGUGACAAAAUAAAAUUAACUUCAUUUCCUUCUGCAAAUAAGAACAGUAAAGUAAAAAUUUUAAAAAAAUAAAAUAAACCAGUUAAUUAUAAUUUGGGUAAUACAAUAGGCCAGUUUAUAAUCUAUUUCUUUUGUAAUGAACAUAAAAUUAAAUUCAGGAUCCUAUUUUGAAAUUGUUUUUUAAAACAUUUUUUAAAAAAAAACUUUAAAGUAACAAUUUGAAAUCAAAUGCAUGUACUAAAUAAGUUUUUGUUGAGUAUUUCCUUUUAUUGAGAAUGACAUUGAAAUGCCAAUAAAAUAUUUCAUAAUUUCAAAAAAAAAACACACACAAAUGAAUAAUUUACUUAGUAUUGUAAUUUUAGACGUGUGUUAUGCUCAGGGCAGUAUUAGUGCCUUGACUUGCUAAGCAAGUUACAUGUGUUCAAUUUCUAAGACACUUUUAUAUGCGUGCAGUAUUUUCAUAAAAAUUAUUAUUGUAUAUGGAUAGUUGUUAAAAAUAGGAAAGUUUUAAAGCUUUUUUGCAUUGGUUCACAAUUAUUUAUCAUUCAUGCUCAUUGCAUUAGCUUUUAAUUUUAACCAAAGUAUGUUUUUAAGUAGUUAUUUAUACUAAAUAAAUUUAACAAAUAACUUCAAAUGGAAAUAAUUAUAUGUUACCUAACAAAUAAUUUUUGUUUAAAAAAUGAUUUAUUAAUUAAAUAAAAGAAAAUAUUUUGCAUACAUAAGUUUUGUACUUAAACUUUUUAAUGUGUAUGUUUUAAGAAAAUAAUUUUGAGUAUCCCCCCCCCCAAUUGUAUUUAUUUUUACAGUAUACUAAAUAUACUAUACUGUUGCUAGAAAUAACAAGGUUCCUUCUUUUCAUUGAAAUUGUUUUUAAAAAAAUUCUAAUAAUCUCAUUUUAAAUGCAAUAUAACUUCAUAGAUAUAUGAAUAUGUAUCAACUAUUGUUUGAAUUUCUAUACAUCAAUUUGCUUUUAAGCAGUUUGUAUUCUAUGUAAAGAUCUAAAAUGUUUUUCAAUAUAAUGCUUAUAAUUUAUUAAACUCCUUGCUUUUUUUAAUUAAUG